GCAGGGUGGGCCCCACCACUCCGUCCAAAAAAAAAUGUUCCCAGUUAAAUUCGGACCCAUUUCGCAGAGGCACCCCACGAAACCUCCGAAUUACCCGAAGAGGCUUGCGGUUCCAUUUUAAAAUCCAACCAAAUAAAGAAAGUGGAGGUGAAAAUCGUGGAUCGAAAGGGACGAAGAGAGGAGGCCAGGGCAAGGGACCAAAACCUAGACGAACCACACGCAGAAGAAGAGAGAGAAAGAGAGAGAGAGAGAAGGCCCAAACACCACCAAACCCUAGCCCUCACCUCGCCCCGCCGUCCAUGGAGGCGGCGCUGUGACCCGCCGCCGCCGCCGCCGUCGUCGUCGUCGUGGCGUGCGGAACCGAUAGGGCGGAGGGGAUGACCGCCAGAUCGGGCGACCCCGGCGUCUCGCCGGAGUCGUCGUCUGCGGCGGCGGCGGCGGCGGGGUCCGGGGGCGGGGAGAUCUGGGGGACGUCGGAGGACCUGCUCCUGGCGUGCGCCGUGAGCCGCCAUGGGACGGCGAGCUGGGACGCGGUGGCGAAGGAGAUGCAGUCGAGGUGCCCUUCCGCCGCCGUGUUCACCCCCACCACCUGCCGCCUCCGGUUCCGCGUCCUCCACCGCCGGUUCUCCGGCGGCGUCACCGCCGAGAACGAGGACGCCGACGGCGGCGAGGAGGAGGAAGAGGCCGACGCCGCCGCCGUCGCCGGCUGGGUGGAGGAACUCCGCGAGCUGCGCGUCGCCGAGCUCCGCCGCGAGGUCGAGAAAUACGAUCUCUCGAUCGGGUCGUUGCAAUCAAAAGUGAAACGGCUCAAGGAGGAGAGGGAAAAGAGCAUCUCCGGCGAGACGAAGCCGCCGCCGGCGGCGGCGGCGGUGAAGGAGGAGGAGGAGGAUGUACGGAAGGGAUCACCGGAGGAGGCCGGCGCCGUGGAGGACAGGGUCUCCGGCCACGAAUCCGGCCGGUCAUGCAAGGAGUCGAACUCGUCAGAUCUGAAGCGGCCGGAGAACGACCCCGCGGUCGCCGACGACGACGACCGGGAGGCGGAGGAGGAGGAGGAGGCGGCGGCGGCGCCCGCGGCCGGCGACAUCGCCGUGAAGGAGGAGGCGUCGGGCGAGUCGGUGGCUGGGUCGAAGGAGGCGGACGUCGAGAAGGAGAGCAGCGACGUGCAGAGCUCCGCCAGCCCGUCCCGCCGCCGGCGACGGAAGGGCGGAGGCGGCGGCGAAGAGGCGGAGGCGGCGUCGCCGUCGGUGUCCGUGCCCCUCCCCGCCGCCGAGGCCGAGCCGCUCGUCGCCUUCCUCGAGUCGGUCCGGACCAGCAAGGCCGGCGCCGUGUUCGAGCGGCGGCUCGAUAGCCAGGAUGGGGAGAGGUACAGUGGCACGAUCAGGCGCCAUGUGGACCUGGAGACGGUCAGGUCGAGGCUGGUGGGUGCAACGGCGGCGGCGGCGGCGGCGGCGUGCUACGCGUCGGCGUCCGAGUUCUACCGCGACAUGAUGCUGCUCUGCGCCAACGCGCUCGUCUUCUUCCCGCGCGGCUCGCCGGAGCACGCCGCCGCGCUCCAGCUGCGCGCGCUCGUCUCCAAGCAGGUCUCCAAGGACCGGCAGCCUCACGCCGGGGCGAAGGCCCCCGCGGCGGCGGCGGAGGAGGAGGAGAAGAAGAAGCCGGCCAAGGCCGACGCCGACAUCGCUGGGCCGCUGCUCGAGAAGGCGCCGAUCAUCGUCUGCCGGAAGCGGAGCUCCAUCGCGAAGGCCGCGGCGGCGGCUGCCAAGGGGGAGAAGGCGGAGAAGGCAGAGACGGACAAGAAGGAGAAGGACGGCAGCGAGGAGAAGAAGAAGGCUGCGGCGGCAGCGACGACGGCGACGGCGGCGGCCACUGCCAAGGACAAGAAGGCUCGGGGCAUGAGGACGAACAAGAGCCGGGGACCCGCGAGGAAUCAGAAGACGGCGAAGCUCUCGGAGACCGGCGAGGGGACCAAGAAGUCCGACAAGAAGGGCGGCGGCGGAGGCGGCAGCUCUUCGGCAGGGGCGGCGGCGGGCGGGGUUGCCAAGAAGCGAAACGCCGUGGAUUUCCUGAACCGGAUGAACCAGAACGGCUCGCCGUCGACGGAGAGGGUGUCGUUGCUGGAGACGCUGAAGCUCUCCGCGGCGGCGACGGAGCAGCAGAAGAAGUCGUCGUCGUCGUCAUCCGGGAAGGGCGACGGCCGGAAGGAGGCCGGCGGCUCAGGCUCCAAGAAGGGCGCCGCCGCCUCGACGCCACCAGGGAGGAGGAUCGGUCGGCCACCGAAGCGGGCGGCCGCGCCGCCGACGCCGCCGCCGUCCAAGAGGGCCAAGGACGACAAGCCGACCAGGAAGCGCGGGAAGAAGUGAACGGUCGUCGGAAUGGGGAGGUGGCGGGAAAGGCUGCGGGUGUAAAUGUUUGUAGGGGUUGGCGGUAGAAAAAAACCUUUUGUUUUUGUGUUUUGGCGCCAAUUGUUGUAGCGAGGAGGUGGGAGAAUUUUUGUUGCUUUUUGGCGGGAGAUGAACGAUGGAACAUCUGGUUUCACUCUCACCUCGAUACUUCAUGAAAGAUUAAGAACUUUGGUGAAAGAAUCGUGUUCACCUUAAGGCUGGUUUUGUAGGAUAUGUUUUUGACUGGAUUCUGUAACCUACACUGAAUCAGGACACAUUGGUGUCAAUAUGGCAUGAAUCGAAUCAAGAACAUAUGGUGUCAAUGUGGCAUCAUCAUUUAACCGCAAUAAA